AUGUCAACAGAGAAGUUCCCAGACCAUAGAGAGUCCAUCGAGAAUUUAUCAACUUCUUCAUCAAGUCCAAUCAAACAACCGGAAUAUAUGAGCAACGUUGGAAAUUUAGAAAGAUGGCUGCCAAGGAAGGAUAGUCUACGAGGCGAUGCACGAGCUAAUGGACACCCAAACAAUGGCAGCAGGUCCUACAGACAAAAAAGUCUGAGUGAAGCGAUUAGUGCGAUAAAGACACCCAAAGUUAGCAUUCCUUCAAAUGUACAUGAAGUUACAGAUGCUCUGAAAGCACCGGUCUCGGCAAAACUUAUUAUUCUUUGCAUUAUUUGGUAUCUAUCGAGUGCUCUCACCAACACAUCAUCUAAAGCGAUUCUCAAUGCUUUUCCCAAACCUGCGACACUUACGAUGAUACAGUUCGCAUUUGUUGCCUUCUUCUGCUUCUUCUUUUCCUGGAUGUCAAUUAUUCAUCCGCCACUCCGUGACCUUAUUCCAGCCCUCCGGCACGGUAUAAGAUAUCCGACACGAGAUGUCCUUGCAACAACUCUGCCUCUGGCUGCAUUUCAAAUAGGAGGUCAUCUACUUUCUGCUUCCGCAACCGCUAAAAUACCCGUCUCUCUCGUUCACACGAUUAAGGGACUCUCUCCUCUCUUCACCGUCAUUGCCUAUCGAUUUGUAUUCAAUAUUCGAUACCCAUUGGCUACUUACUUAUCACUUGUCCCGCUUACUCUAGGUGUUAUGCUUGCUUGCUCAGCCUCCUUCGCAGGUAACCUAUUUGGGAUUUUUUAUGCCCUCAUAGCUGCCCUUAUUUUUGUCACCCAAAAUAUUUUCUCUAAACGGCUUUUUAACGAGGCAGCUGUUGCCGAAUCAUCUGGUAUUAAAUCUCGAAAACUAGACAAGUUGAAUUUGCUGUGCUACUCUUCAGCCUUGGCAUUCCUCCUAACAUCCCCAAUAUGGUUUUGGUCCGAGGGUCUAGACCUGCUGAAGGAUUUCUUUCAUGAUGGGACUCUUGACCUAGCUGCAGGAACACCGUCAAGACCAGCGUUUGACCAUGGUCGUCUUGCAAUAGAGUUUAUAUUUAACGGCACUUUUCACUUUGCACAAAACAUAAUUGCAUUUGUCUUGCUAUCUAUGGUUUCACCAGUAACAUAUUCCAUAGCAUCUCUCAUCAAACGCGUAUUUGUCGUCAUCAUUGCCAUAUUCUGGUUUCAAAAUGCUACUACAAAAAUACAAGCCUUCGGUAUUGCUUUGACGUUCUUCGGGCUCUACCUUUAUGAUCGAACCAAGAAUGAUAAAGUCGAUCGUAAGGCCAAACUGAUGAAUUCGAAUGUAGAAGUUCUUCCUCAUUUUAAUCCUCAAAAAAACAACGCCGUUGAAACAUUAAGUUUGGCACGAAGUAAUGGGUACGCUCUAGCGCGAUCAAGUAUCGAUAAAAGGGACGAUAAACUCGGAAGCAUUAGAGGAGCCCGUCAACGCGGUAUGAGUAACCCUGCAUGGCUCUCGGCUGGUACACGCCAGGAAGAGACAUGGCGAUCUGUAGAAACCCGAGCUCUUGGCGUGGCAGGUUAG